GCUUUUCAUUAGUUGUGAAACUCUGAAUUUGUCGAAGACGUUCUUCUUUUACGAUUUUGCUUUCGAAAAAGUGUUUUAAAAAAUUUUAACCUAACGAAAUUGAAUAUUAUAAUCCUGCCGUGUUUAUAAUUGUAAUUAAAAUAGUAAAACAAUAGUGUUAUAUUUGUUAAAAGCAUAAAGUUAUGCCUAGAAGAGCACUGACAAAAUCGACGUCUUUUUUAAUGUGGUCGUGGUUUUUGAUGGGUGCUCCAAAGUACAAAUACAACGAAUUUCCAAUUUUAACAUUCCGUCUUCGUGCUUUUUUGCUCUUUCCCACAUACACGUAAUUUGAUUUGACAAAACGCAUACGAAACUAAGAAUAAAGAAAAAGUUUAUAAAAAAAGUAAAAAUAACAACAAUAUUCUUGCGUUUCUUCAAAUUAUCAUAAUUGCUUUUACUUAAAUUUCCUUACUCCUCCACUGUGUUGGUUAAUUAUUGUGAUCGAUCGCGCGUUUUAAUAAUAAAUACUCUCAGUGAUAGUGUGUGAUUAUUGUUGUCUUCUUAUAGUUGCAAACUAAAACGAGUCAGCUGCUAAACGAAGAAAAACAAUUUUGAAUGUUGUAUUUGUCUCUUCGUGGAGGAGACAACGACGGCCUACAAAAUUUCAAACCGUUGUCGGAAGAAGAACUAUGGGCAUUCAACAUGAUUUGAAUGUGGUACGCAACUGUCGCAAAUCACUUUUGCAUCUCACCAUGUUGGCAUCAAUUGUUGCUGCUGCUGCAGCAACCUCUAUCAUUGAACCUACAUUAACAACAUCAUCAUCACCAUCGACCCCAUCCCUUGAAAACGGCAUACCAGUUGCACCUCCUUCUCUUACCGCAACUACUGAAUCUGUGAAUGAUAACAAUGGUCAGCUGGUAACCAAAAAUCGACCUGCGAUACCGUAUUGCGAUGAAUCCAAUGAAAGGACAAUUGGCAGAAGACUAUUAUACGUUACCACUUUGGAUGGACGUCUUACAGCAUUGGACAUUACCAAGAGUGGUAAAGUACGCUGGAGUAUACCUACCGGUCCAGGACCUUUGAUUUCCUCGAGUAUACAUCGUUUAGAAUUGACUAAUAAUGGACAAUUUGUACGUAUGAUACCUUCGUUGAGCGGAGGUAUUUAUAAAUUCGAUGGCGAAUCUAUUGAUCCUAUACCCAUAACUACCGAUAAUUUACUCAGUUCGUCGGCAAAAUUUUCUGAUGAUUUGGUAAUAUCUGGUGGCAAAGAGACACGUACUUAUGGUGUAUCAGCACGCACGGGACAAUUGUUAUAUGAAUGUUCCAUGAAUGGUUGUGUUAAUUCAACCGAUGCUGAAUUUCAAAAUCGUAAUGCUACCAAAACUGUUGAGGAAGAUGAUGAUAUAAUUGUAGAAGAUGAGGAGAAUCUAAAGAAAGAUGAUAUUAACGGCAAUGGUUAUGUGAGAGAACAUGAUCCUUUGAUAGACGAUGUUAUAGUUGUCAGACGCCAAACUCAGACAGUACGGGCUGUAGAGACACGCACGGGAGUAGAACGUUGGAAUUUCAGUGUGGGUCAACAUGAAUUGGAUUUAAUAAGACCUGCUGAGUGUCAUGAUCGCAAAUUUAGCAAUUUGGAAAUGGCCAUUUUAGAUUUGGAUAUAAAAGUCAUAGUUCCAGAAGGAGUUAUAUGUGCUUUUAGCAAAUUGGAGCCCAGUGUUAUGCUGUGGAAAUAUAAGUUUGAUCAUCCUAUUGUAAGUGCUUGGAAAAUUGGUCCGGCUGAUGCUUUAGAGGCAAUUGAUAUGUUUGGCUCUGCACAAUGGCUUUGGAAUCAAGAUGAUAAUAUUUUUGAAAUGCCUUUACCCAAUAUAAAUCCCUCAAUCUAUGUGGGCAUGUAUGAUAGACAAUUGUAUAUACAGGAAUCCAUACAUUUGCGCAAAGAGAUACUAGAUCAAUCACAUCUUUAUACACAACUUACUACAGAAACCAGAUUACCCAAAAUUCCCUGGCGUCCUAUAGCGGCCAGUAGCAAUUCUUUGAUUAUUUAUCAACACAGUGAUGAACAACGUAUAGGGGCAGGUGGUUCAUACAAUUCAAAAGAAAUACAAGGCAAUGAAUUGGUUCCUUAUGAUGAUGAGAAUUUUGCUCUGUCAGCCCAAUCCGUACUUAAUGCCUCGGAAUAUGUCAAUGGCAAUGGUUUCUAUUUGUAUACUAGCGAUGAACUGGAAAACACCAAUACUGAAGAUGAUAUGUGCGGCACUACCACCAAAAAAGAACUGCCAGCCAUUGAUGACAAGAAAAUUGACAAUACCAGCAACAAUAAUCAUACCAUCGAUGAUGAUUUGGGUUUUAGUCUUGACGAUAUUGAUGCUCCCAUUAAAGUUGUUAUACUAUCCAUAUGGUUUUGGUGGAAGGAGUUGGCUAUAGUGGCCUUUACCUCUGCCCUACUACUUAACAUUCUAAUAAGUCAACGCAAUCGUGGUGAACGUCAAAUUGUAGUCAUUGAACGUCAUAUACCAGUGCCUUCGGGUAUUGAAGCUACUGAAUCCUCCACAGCAGCCCUUUUAGGCCCCACCACCAAUACAACACACACUAAUACAAAUUCCAAAAGUUCCGGUAAUGUUCAUCGUUCUUUAUCGGAAUCUACCUCUAAUUCGGGUGAACAUUUUACUUCACGUUUCCAAAGUGAUUUCGAUUUGCAGCGUUGUUUGGGUCGUGGUGGUUUUGGUGUUGUCUUUGAGGCAAAAAAUAAAUUGGAUGAUUGUAGUUAUGCCAUUAAGCGUAUUACUUUGCCCAAUAAGGAGGAAUCUCGUAUGCGAGUUAUGCGUGAGGUCAAGACUUUGGCGAAUUGUGAACAUCAGAAUAUUGUUAGAUACUUUCAGUCAUGGGUAGAAAAACCACCACCAGGUUGGCAAGAGGUGGAGGAUAACAAAUGGUUGGCCAACGAAAUGUCAACAUCCAUACAAAUUGAUACACCCUCCGAAACUCAUUCAACAUUUCCAACUCCCCAUUACUUGGAGGGCAAUAAUAUCGAUAAAAAGAAACAACUGCAAACUUGGAUGGAAAGUAUGGCCUCUACAGCCUGUAGUUCUGAUCAUAAAUGCAAUGGUAAUGGUAAUUAUGAUGAUUACGAAGAAGAUGAGGAUUCUUGUGUAAUAUUUCGUUCUGAAUCUGAUUCCCUGGCUAUGCGUGAUCAGCAUCAAUACGACGAUGAAGAUAGUGAUUCCUGUGUUGUAUUCCGUUCGGAAUCCCAAUCAAAGGCAAUGAAACAUGACGAUGAUGAUACUUCUACGGAGAAUGAUAUUACAAAUAGAACUAAAAUAACUAAAAAUGGUAUAAAGAAAAAAUCUCAUAACGAUGCUAUAUCGAUUGAUAUACAAACAAAUAGCACAGAAUUGAAUCUAAAUCGUGGUCGACGUAAUAUUGACUAUAGCCAAUUGUCUGAUUCAUUUCAAAUUGAAUUUGUGCGCUCCGUUGAAGGUGAUGAAUCAACGCCCGUUUUAGAGGAGGAGGAAGAAGAGUCUACCACUUCUAAUAAGACUAAGGAAGUUUAUAACAAAAAGCGCCGACCCCAAGACUUGGCUUUAGACAUAAGUUAUGGUGAAAAUAAUAACAAAAUGACCGUUAAACCCCAACAAAAUAAAGUCUAUUUGUAUAUACAAAUGCAAUUGUGUCGCAAAGAAUGCUUAAGAGAUUGGCUACGCGAUAACAAACGUGAAGAUCGCUUAGACUUUAUAGCCAGUAUUUUUCAUCAAAUUGUAGAUGCUGUCGAUUAUGUACACUACAAGGGUCUUAUACAUCGUGAUCUCAAACCCAGUAAUAUUUUCUUCUCCCAAGAGGGUCAAAUCAAAAUCGGUGACUUUGGUCUGGUUACCGAUAUGGCCGAUAUACCAAAUAUGAUUACCAAAUGCGGUGAUAAUACGGGUCUGCCCUCAUGUGCCCGCCAUACCCAACAAGUGGGUACUCACCUGUACAUGUCUCCCGAACAAUUACGUGGCCUGCCCUACGACUAUAAAGUGGAUAUUUAUUCUUUGGGUUUAAUAUUCUUCGAACUGUUGGUUUAUUUCGGUACCGAAAUGGAACGCAUUAAAACCUUACGUUCUUUACGUGAUGGCAUUUAUCCAAAAGAUUUCCCACCACAACAUCCCAAGGAAUAUGAGUUGUUAAAGAAAAUGCUUUCCUCUAAACCCGAAGAACGUCCUGCCACCAAUGAGCUUAAGGUGCAACUUAAUGAAAUCCUUAAAUUACCUGAUUUACCAGGUGAUAGCGAAGCUGCUGCUUUAGCGGCUGCAGCUAGACGUUUAAGUCGUUCCCGUACAUUUAGUAGCUGUGAAUAACAAAAAAGUCAUUUGUUUAAACAAAAACAUUAUUUUUAUUUAUAAUUUUAAGAAACUCAAAAACACACACACACAUCCAUUGCAUACGACGUAUGUAAGUUAAUUUAUAUAAGUAGAUUGUGCUGGUAUAAGUUAGAUGGAAUGAAAGUAAAUAUCAGUUAGUUGGUAAGAAAGAAAUAUGUCAAUUUAACAUUGAAGUAAUACUUAAUAAUUACUGAAAAUGUUUUGCAUUUAGUGUAAUUAUUGUGGAUGGUAAUUUCAUUAGUUUUAAAAAAGUUAUUUUUUAAGUUUUAUUAGUAUCUCUCUACUAUAACAUUUCCAAUUGUAUUUCAGAAGUUUCUAAUUCAAUUUUUAGAAAAAUUUUUAUUAUAUUUCAGAAAUGUUCAAUUAGAAUUUUCUGAAAUUGAAUUGGAAAGGCUGUUGAAGGAUUUAUAUUUUAUCCAUAUUAUUGCCUUUUAAAAUCUAGUAAUUUUUUAAGUUUAAAAAUUGCAGGUAUUGAGUUUAGGCUUGUGUACCCCUAGGGUCUUCUGUUUAAAAAGGUCAGUUUUUUUAUUUUACUAAAGUUUUGAUUACAAUUUCUAUAGAAUAUAGUUUCCAAAGUUUUUUCUUUAAAAGCAAUUCGAGUGUUUUAGUUAAAAUUUUCUUAGAACCCCCGGGGGACUUUAACCGUAUAAUAACAUAUUUUCGACUUUCCCAAAGGCUAUAAAUUAAAGUUUAAUCCCUUGUUUAUGAGUAAAAAGCUUGAUUUUAUAUAUAUUCGAAUCUAUAUUGGACUUUGUAUCCCUGAGUUCCGUUUCUUUUAGUAAAAUUCAGGAUUAAGUUGGUAGAAAUUUAUACCCAGCAAAAAAUAAUUGAUGUCAUACUUUACAAACGACAUCUUUAUAAACCAAACAUAUACUUACAAAUUAAAACACAUUUAAAAAUGAGAAAAGAGAUGUAGAAAAGUCACUACAAACAACAUAUUCGAAGUACUUCAAAUUUUGAUGAAAACCAAUGAAAUUUACAUAAGCGUUUCAUUAAAAGAAUGUGGUUUAUUUUUGAAAUACAAAUAUCGGAUUUUUACAGCUUCUAAAGAUAAGAUUAGAUUUAGUUCAAAGUUGUCAAAAAUGAACAACAUCCCUCCAAUGACACGCUAAUGUAAAAUUCAUAGGUUUUUCACCUGAAUUUGAAGCACUUCGGGUUACUAGUUGUGAUGAAAAUUCUACAUCUUUUUCCACACUUUUUUUGCUGGGCAGGAUUUGUUCUUUUAGCAGAGAUUUGAUUAAAAUUUAUUUUUCUUCGUAUAGUUUUUGCUUUAAAAACAACUUGAAUUUUCUCGUGUUUUAGUUUAAAAUGUUAUUUGGACCCCUGGGGGACCUUUAGCCGCAGAGUAAACUCUUAUCGACUUUAAAAAGUUUAAAAAUUUAGUUAAAAUUUUAAUUUGUAAUUCCUUGUAAUUCCGUUAAAAUAAGUUAAAUUUCACUAUUGAUUUAAAGAUCAAAAAGUCCCCAGGGGGAGGUCUCUAUUGAGCCACUUUAUAAUAAAAUGUUAAUCUGUAUCCUGCAGGCAGUUUGAGUUCAUAAUAUUUUUUGUUAAAAUUCUUGUUAAAGUUGCUACAAAUUUGUAGGUUUGUAAUACAUUGUGCCCUUUAAAGUCGAUUGCCUAAUAAGGCCUGAUUUGUUUACCUAACAAGGAUUUGAUUACAAUUUCUAUUCAAAAAUAACGUUUUCAAUAGUUUCAAAAUACAAACAAUUUGAAUUUUUCAUGUUUUUGUUAAAAUUUUUAUUUACACCCCGGGGGACUUUAGCCGGAAUAUAAAAACUUCUCCAAUUUAAACAUUUUAAACCUGUAAAACUGUCUAGAAUGGAAACUAAACUGUAAUAUAGAAAUAUUUUCUUAAAAAACAACAAAUUUUUGUAACAUUAUCACCCUCGGGGGACCUUUUCAGGGAACAUAAAUUCUUCCCGAUUUCAAAAAUUUCGUUAAAAUUCGAAAUUGUCUAAAUCGGUUAUUGUAUCCUGCAGGCAGUUUAAGUUCCAAUAUUUUUUUAGUAAAUUUCCAGUUUAUUUGAAAACUAAAUUAUAGAUUUGCAAUCCGUUGUGCCCUUAGGGGUCAUUUGCUUAAAAAAAGCCAGAUUUGUUCUCUUAGCAACGAUUUGAUUAAAAUUUAAAGUGAAAAAUAUAGUUUACAAUAAUUGCAUAAAUGUUGAUAUAAGAACAACUUAAAUUCUCUGGUAUUUUGUUACAACCCCCGGGGGACCUUGAGCCGAAAUAUAAAAACUUUUCAAAUUCAAAAUUUUUAAAAAUUUUUAACUUUUAAAACUGUCUAGAAUGUCAACUAAACUAAUAUUGAAAUAUUUUCUUAAAAAAUAACUCAUUUUUGUAACAUUAACAUAAAAUCUGUUUUAAAAAGUAAAUUAAACUUUUCGUAUAUUAAUGUUUUUUUUUAAAUCAUUUUCCUCCACUUGCCUCUAACAAUUUUUACCUUAAACAAACAACUGCCAUUUAAACUUUCAUUAAUUAAACCUUUUCUUUUGAACUAAACCCUUCUAAUGAUAUUUACUUUCUUCUUUAGCUUUACAAUCUUCUAUAAAUUUAACUAUUUCUUUUAAAACUUUAACGUGCUAUGAUAAAUGUCAAUGUAAACUGUUACAAACUUUAAGCCAAUUUAAUUAUAUUUUAAAACCUUUCUUAAAACCUUAUAAUUAUUACAAACUAUUACUAUCCUUGUAUUGUUAUUUCUUGCACAUUGUAUUAUUAAAGAAAAAACGCUUUUAAACUUAAAACACUUGUUAUCAUGCGAAGAAGAAAACACUUUGCAUUUUAUUUUCACUUAAAUUAAACAGCAAGUGUGUUUUCUUUAUCAAACUAAAUAUUUAUUUGCAUUGACAAUUCUAACAUUAUACUAAUUAUUUCAUUUUUAUUUAUUUGAUAAGUUCAUAUUCAUUUUCAAAUACUUCUUGUUUGCUUUAAUUUGAUUUUUAGCAUAAAACUUUAGUAUUAAGUUUCUUAGGUGAAGUCUGUUUAAUUCUGUCCUAAAAGCAAUAUAUAUUUUCGUUUGUUUUCUUGUAUGUAAAA